AUUUUCAUGGUCCUGGACACAAGAGUUGCACGUCUGUCUCCCCUCUGGCCUGUGUGCUCCUGGGCCUGUUUUCCUUCCUUGCUGGGUGGGCUCUGCCAUUAGCUGUCAUCUCAGCAGCCAGCCAGAGCAAUGGGAAACUGGGAGUCCCAUCUCUAUGAACGGCCUGCCCAGAAACUGGGUGAGUUUACCCAGGACAACCUGAGGCCCUUUGAAGACUGUCAGAAACAGAUCGACCAGACCGUGGACACCAUCUGUGCAGUCCUGCAGGAAGCUGAGCAGUUCCCCCUGGUGACCGGCGUGGCCAAAAGUGGCUCCUAUGGCCGGAGAACGGUCUUGAGGGGCAACUCCGAUGGUACCCUCGUCAUCUUCAUCGGUGGCCUUGAAAAAUUCCAGGAUCAGAAAAAAAGCCAACAUGACCUCCUCAGCAAAAUCUGGGCACAGUUGAAAUGCUGUGAGCUCACGAUGAAGCUGGCAGCCAAGAUGGAGAUCCAGAGCAUCAGUGGCAAGCUCACCAUCCAGCUGUCCACAGGACAGCAGAGCAUCACUUUCGAGAUGCUGCCCGCCUUCAACGCUCUGGGCUUAAGUGAGAAGCCCAGCCUCUGCACCUAUCGAGAGCUCAAAAGAUCCUUGGAUAUGGUGAAAGCCAGCCCCGGUGAGUUCUCGAUCUGCUUCACUGAACUCCAGGAGAAGUUUUUUAGCAACCAUCCCAGCAAGCUGAAGGAUUUGAUCCUCUUGGUAAAGUACUGGUGUCAAAAGUGCCAGGAAAAGCUGAAGGAUUCAUCCCUGCUGCCCCUGUAUGCGCUGGAGCUGCUUACGGUCUAUGCCUGGGAACAGGGGUGUGGAGCAGAAGACUUUGACAUAAGAGGCAUCAGGACUGUUCUGGAGCUUAUCAGGAAGCAGGAGCAGCUAUGUGUCUACUGGACAGUCAACUACAACUUUGAGGAUAAGACCGUCCGCAACAUCCUGCUGGGCCACCUCCGAUCCCCGAGGCCAGUAAUCUUGGAUCCAACUGACCCAACCAGUAAUGUGAGCGAAGAUAACACCUGCUGGCAGCUGCUAAAACAAGAAGCUCAAACCGGGUUAUCUUCUCUCAGGCUGAACGAGUCACCUGGACUGUCCUGGAAUGUUCUGCCUGUGCCGCUCUACAUGACCCCAGGCCGUCUUCUAGACAAGUUCAUCAAGGACCUUCUCCAGCCCAACAGGACUUUCCUAGAUCAGAUCAAGAAAGCUGUUGACAUCAUCUGUAAGUUUCUUAAGGAAAAUUGCUUUCGACAUUCAACUACAAAGUGUCAGAAGAUUGUCAAGGGGUCAACCGCCAAAGGCACGGCUCUGAAGAGCGGCUCCGAUGCCGACCUUGUUGUGUUCGCGGACCCGCUGAAAAGCUACACCUCCCAGAAAAACGACAGAUGCAACAUCAUCAAGGAAAUCCAUAAGCAACCGGAAGCCUGUCAGCGGGAGAAGGAUUUUGAAGUGAAGUUUGAGAUUUCAAAAUGGAAGGCUCCCCGGGUGCUGAGCUUAACUCUGAAAUCCAAAGGCCUCAACGGAAGUGUUGACUUUGAUGUGCGGCCUGCAUUUAAUGCCCUAGGUGAACUGAAGUCUGACUCUACACCCAGCCCCAGGAUCUAUGCUGACCUCAUCUAUUUGCAUAAAUCCUCAGACGCCCUGGGGAGGGAAUUUUCUACCUGUUUCACGGAGCUACAGUGCAAUUUCGUUUGCUCCCGACACACCAAACUGAAGGAUUUGAUUUGCCUGACUGGUACAAUGUUCCCUCAGUGUGGAAGCAAACUGAAGCAAAAGGGGUCUCUGCCCCCCAAAUAUGCCUUGGACCUGCUUACCAUCUACGCCUGGGAGCAGGGGAGCGGGGCGCAGGAUUUUGACACGGCUGAAGGUUUCCGGACGGUCCUGGAGUUGGUCACAAACUAGCAGCAUCUCUGUGUCUUGUGGAUGGUAAACUACAACUUUGAUGAUGAGAUUGUGAGGAGCUUCCUCCCGACCCAGAUCCAGAGAACCGGGCCUAUGAUCUUGGACCCAGCCGAUCCUACUGGCGACGUGGGUGGAGGGGACCGUUGGUGUUGGCAUCUUCUAGCAGAAGAAGCUACUGAACGGCUGUUGUCUCUCUGUUUUCGAGAUGGGUCGGGUUGUCCCAUACAAUCGUGGAACGUGCCAGUAGGAAUCAUCUAAAGGAAGUGUCAUCUGGAGAUUACCCUGGGACAGGCCGAAAUCAAAGAGCUUCCCUGCUAUGGCAACUUGGGAUUCACUCAGCCACAAAUAACAGAUAACCCAACUCAGGAGCCUAAACUGGGUUUUUUCUUCCCAUAACAAGAAAUCCUAAGGCAGGCGACCUAGGACUCGCACAACAGCUCCACUGGACUUUCCCCAGGAGCAGAUCACCUCCACCGUGGCACUUGGUACUGGGGGCUGGAUAGCUCUUCGUGGUAGGGGCCGUCUUGGGCAGUGUUAAGUCUCUACCCACCAGAUGCAGUAGCACCACCCCCGAGUGCAACAACCAAAAAUGCCUCCAGACGUGACCAAGGGUCCCCUGGGGCACACUCAUCCCCAGCUCUUCCUGGCUCCACCCUCUUUAGUCGUUCAUUUGAGUCUUCGUGGCACUGAGAGUGGCUAUUGCACCUCCAGGUGGCGGGUCCAUGGUGAGGUUGGAGGAACAGAAAGGAGGAGGAUACCCACCCAGGUAUCUUAUUAGAAGCUUCAUCCAGCAAACUCUCUUACAUUUCAAGCUGCAGCUACCUGUAACCUAAAAGUGGCUCCAAAAAGGGGGGUGAGAGUUGGGUCAGCCAGCCAAGAGUGCCUGCCACCCCGUCCAAAGCUCCACCGCUAACCAAGAUACCUGCCACCAGGUAUACUUGGUUCCCCCAUCAGGUUCUCUGUCAACAAGUACCCAAAACUGUCCCUGGUAGUAGUCACCUUCUCAGAUACACUUCCUUCUUUCUUUUUGGUUUUUUUUUCUGUCUCUUUUAACCAAUGGUUCUAACUGCUUGGAUAUGUAUUAUUCUCGCACGUAUAUUUCUUUCUUUCUAGACAGUGCAGUCACCAGGAAGUUGGGGAGCAGGGAUACAUUCUAUUGUCAGUGAGAUGCACUUAUUCAGAAGGUGUAGAUUCCUGGAAUAAUAA